AUGCUGCCUACACCUCCCCUCGACGAGGACGACGACGACGGCCUUUGCCCAAUAGUGCACCACGUCGACAUGGUAGCCCAACUCAACCAACCACCCUACCCGCUUCACCCCAGCGUCAAGGACCGACUGCAUCCCGACUACGUCGCCUUCUACAACAAGUACCUCCUCCACGCGCAACAGGUCCACCAGCUGCCCGUCUCGGUGGCUCGAGGGAGCCGGACCGUGCCCGCCUGCCACAGCAAACCGCUGCCCGUGGGCCAUAUCCAGGACGUGUCGAUAUCACGACGAGAGACGGUCGGGCCCGACGUGCUCGUGCGGUGUUUCACGCCCCCGGGGGCACCACCUGCAACAGGCUGGCCGCUGGUGUUGUAUUACCACGGCGGCGGGUGGGUGUUCGGGGACAUUGAGACCGAAAACACCGUGUGCACGCACAUCUGUGUCCGUGCUCGAGCGGUGGUGAUCACCACUGACUAUAGACUCGCGCCCGAGGAUCCGUGGCCGGCAGCCAUUCAUGACGCGUGGGAAGCCUUCCUGUGGUCGACGGCCUCUCCGCAGCAGGGCCUCGACGUGGACGUAAACCUGCACAAGGUGGCCAUCGCGGGGUCGUCGGCGGGGGCGAACAUCGCGGCCGUGAUCGCCCAGAAAGCUGCCCUGCGUUUUCCUCCGUUGUCGCCGCCGCCGGCGGGCAGAGUGUCGAUCCGGUCGCAGGUGCUGGUGGUCCCCGUGACGGACAACACGGCGACGCCGUUCUCGAGCCCGAGCUGGCAGGCGUACGAGUUCACGGCACACCUGCCGGCCAAGAAGAUGCUGUGGUACCGCCACCACUACCUCCCAAACCCGGCGGACCGGGCGCACCGUGAGGCGUCCCCCUUGCUGGCGUCGGACGACGUGUUUGCGCGCCUGGCGCCCGCGUACAUCAUUGUGGCCGAACUCGACGUCCUCCGGCACGACGGCGAGGAGUACGCCCGUCGGCUCCGGGCCAACGGCGUCGCGGCCCGCGUCACCCUGAUGGAGGGCAUGCCCCAUCCGUUCCUGGCCAUGGAUUCCGUGCUGGAGGCGGGUCGCACCGCCAUCAGGAAUAUCUGCGACGAGCUUACGAGGGUGUUUGCAUGUGACUGA